CGUGAUUGGCUAAGUGUCAGUUCCCCCAAGAAUAAAAAAAAGAAGAGAAAAAAGUGUUUUACGGCCGUGAUCAUCAAAUGUAGAAUUGUGACAUGUGGUAGAAAAGUGUUACCAUUAGAAAUAACUGCGUUAUGUGAAUAUUUUACUUACUCGCUCUUCCCUUUUUAGUAUUGUGAAUACUGUUGUUGAUACAUGGAUGAAAUUCAGAGCUGGUGGGAAGUUCCGGCAGUGGGACACUUUUGUUACAUAUUCCGGAACGUAUUUAAGCUUCUUUACUUCGAAUUAGCGGAACUGGAAGCAGCUAUAUUGAAUAUUCAAGAUCCAGACAUGAGUAUAUCAUUAGAACAGUUGAUUAGGCGACUUUUACAGGGCUGUUAUGAAGAUUGCACUAUUGAAGAUGCAAAUUGGGAGCAAAAAUUAAGUGAACUCUUUGAAGAAAAUUUCAAAGAUGGCGAGAAUCCCCUAAAUGGUACGCCAUUCUCAUUCCUUUCUCCUCGAUCCAAAGUUGAAAUUCUACUUAAAUUGUGCCAGUUGCGACUAGAUGUACCUGAUGCUGCAAAAGAAAUAAAGGAUAUACCUCCUGAGGAUAUGCAGGCUAAAUGUGUAGGUAAAGAUAGUAAUAAUAAUGUGUACUGGUAUUUUUGUGAUGAGAGGUUGUAUAAAGAAAAUCUGUCACCUAAAAAGAAAGCGGAUCAAACAAAUAAUGCAAAACAAAAGAACAAAAAGACUGAAAAAAAUGAUGAAAAAUCAUGGUCCAUUGCUUGUCAUACUUCAAGUGAUUGGGAAGUACUGGUGAAAAAACUGGCUAGAAGCAAAAAUUCUGCAGAUAAAGAGCUGGCAAAAGAAAUAAAGGAGACAUAUCUUCUUAUGCUACCUGGAGUAGUUUCAGAAAAAGAUCGUCUACUGAGGAAACGUUUCAUUGAAUUAGCUCCCAAGAGGACGUCGGCUAGAAUUUCUAAAGUGCAAGCUCAAAAGAAAUUAGAAGAAGAAAUGGCACGUAAAGCUGCUGAAGAAAAAAGGUCUAAAGAAGAACAGCAAGUACCUUCUAGCAAAAAGGAAGCUAAAGAAAAGCAAAAAGCAGUUGAAGAACGUGCUAAACGUGCCGAACUACGCCAAGCUCGUUAUGCGAGACGUGCGGAACUGCUCGAAAAUGGCUUCCGAUCAAGGAGAACAAAAGAAUCAAAUGGACAUGAUGAACUCAGUGAAUCUGAGAAUGAAUGCAGUGAUAAUUCAGAUGAAUCUGAGAGUGAAGAUAAUGAACAUAGCAAUGAUGAUGAUAACAGCAGUUCUGUUUCAGAAAGUGAGAAAAGUGACUCUGACAAAAGUGAAAGUGAAAGCGAUUCUGAUCAAAAUGAGACUGAAAAUCAUUACUCUAACAGCAGAGGUAAAAUAUGUGAAAAGAAUAUUUUGCCUCCACCACAAACAAAUAUUAGGACUUCUAUAUUUCAUAACAAAGUAGACUCCUGCGCUAUAAAACGUAAUUUUGUUCCAAAUACUUACGAGAUGCCGCAAUGGAAAUCUACAAUAGAUAACAAAGGGCAUAAAUUACAUAUAUUACAUGGUUCAUUUGAUGAUGUGUCAAGGAGCAAACGUUUCAGGCUAAAUGAGGCAGCUACGGAUUUUAGAAAUGGAUCUUUAAAUGAUCGGCAAGCAUUAAGUUUCAGGCAAAAUCUUGCAACACCUUCUCUCCCGGAGCAGAAUUUUAGCACAUACAGAAGUGUAGCUCCCUCUCCAUCUGUAAUACGUCUUGAUUUUGUUAAAACUCCACCCAAACGCCAAUUUUCAAGCUGACUGUAAACAAUGAAUAUGCAGUGAUGACUGGUCGAUGAUUAUAUGUUACAGGGUUAUGCAUUUAUGUAAAGAAAAAAGUACCUUUUGAAGUUAAAUUGCAGAAAUAAUCUCUGUAUUUGAGCAUAGAAACUCACUCUAAUAUGAUCUGAUAUAAAAAAACUGUAUGCAAAUGUUCUAGGAAUAUACCUCAUUUGAGAAAAGCAGAAUUUGAUGAAGGAACUGAUUAGACCUGAAAUUGUAAAACUGGUGUUUCAAGAAACAAAUACAUUUUCAGUAAACUUAAUUGGCAUAAACUUAUAUAUCUCAUGUUAUAAUGCAAAGUAUAGUGUUAUGUGCACAAUUAUAUCUAUAAUCUAAAUUUUUUGCAUUAUAUUUAAUGCAAUGAAUAUUUUUAAUUGAAUAAUUAAUUUUAAUACUCAAGCUUCACAUUAAGCCAUUUGGUUUUAAAAUGUGAAAUAUUAAGUAUCAUAUAAUGAUGCUGAAUCUGAUAGGCGAAAUAUGCUUAGUUCAAUAGUGUGUGUAUAUUAUGUAAAUUCAUUAAAUUAUUUAUGAAAAAUUUGUGUGAAAUAUUUCUUUGAAUAUACUGAAAUGUGUUUUAUUUAAUUAUUUUUAAGACAUUUUUUAUAAAUGUUAGCUGAUUUCAAAUUUUGUUUUGUUUUGUUUAUAAAAAAUUAGAAAUUAAUUAGUUUUAAACAUUUUUGUGCAAUUAGAAAACCAAAGUGUAAAUGGAAUAUGCAUCCUCCUAAAUACUUUAUAUUAAAUGCCAUCUUUCUUUAUGUUAAAUGUGAUUAAUGUAACUGAAGUUUUGCCUUUUUAAUAUAUUUAGUUAAUGAUGCUUUUUAAAUUUUUAAUUUAUUGAACAGAACUGGGCAGAAUAUUCAUUACAUUUUGGUUGCAAAAGGACAUUACUUAAAUUGUACUUUUGAUCAUAUUUUGAAAGCAAUCUAAAUUAGAUGUGUUUCAUUAUCAGUUUCGAUUUUUUUCUAUUUUUAAAUUCUUUUUAAUAUGUGCAUUCAGAAUGGUAAUAAAAACUUAAAUUUAAAUACAAAAAUGGAAUAGUAAAUGUCAGUCGUAGUUUUCACUAGGUGUAUUUAAUAUAAUAGUGCAAUUUUAGUGAAGGUAUGUAAUGUGUGUAUGAUGUAUUACAGCUUAUGAGUAGUUUAUAAAUAAAGUGUACUUUAUAUAUGUAUUUCUUUACCGUUGUGCAUAUAUAUACAUAGUUAGCUUUCCUUACAUCAAAGAAUAUUUAAAUUUUCUUUUAAUCUUCAAGGUGUGUGUUCAUGCCUUGCCAACAAAUUUUCUCCAAUUUAGUCGCUCUGAAAAUUUUCAUAUUUAGACAGAAUAAUGUGAAUUAGUCAGAAUAGUGUGAUCAAAAUUUUGCCAUUGAAGGCAGUUUUACUAGAAACUGGCAUUUAUUUUAAUUGAAUUCCUAAAUUAUGUGAGACCUUGGUGCUUUGGAUUAAGAAUGCAUUUUCAGGGAUGUGUUUGGAAUUAGAAAAUUAAAUUUGCUUACUGGGGCAUUUAGUUUAGCUAUAUCUUGGAGAGCAAAAUGAUGUUUUUUUUAGAAGCUUAUCUAGAGAAUUCUGUAAGCGGCUUAUAGUUAGUUGCAUUACAUUUAGAGAAAGCUAUAAAAAUUCUCAUUUGAAUCAAUCAUUCCAAUUUAAUUUUAAAUGAAAUAUUCAUGUUUAAAUUAUUUUUUUCACUUUAUACCUAAAAGCUGCUUUACUGAAACAGAUUUUCUUCAGUGCUAAAAUUUCAGCACUAAAAAAUUUUGUAGUGAGGAUCAGGUGAACAGCCAAAUAAUAACAAAUGGAACCAAAAGAUGAAAUAAACAUUGAGCCAAGGGAGGAGCAGACAAAAUUCCCAGGAAAACCUGCAUUGUAAUUAAUAUCAAUAACUCUAGUAAUUUCUGUCAAUCUAGAUGUUUGAAGGAAAUCUGAGCAAGUAAAAAUAUUUUGCGAAUAGGAUUUAAAAUCAAAAUUACAGUUUAAAGGACCUGUUGUUACUAACUAUAGAAGAUUUAUUUAUUUCUUUGUUUUGAGCAUAGGGUUAUUGUUUAUUAAUGCAAAAUUUUAGCAGUUUCAUUAUUUGGCUGAUAUGUGUGACUAUAAUUCUUUGGGCAUGCAUGUAUGUGUGUACCCCUAUGUGUAUGCAGUAUAUUAGUUUAGUUCAUAAAAUGUAUGAUAUUUAAAAACAAGCAGUAUUUUAAAAAGUGAGUCCAAAAAGAGUGUAUUAGAAAUGAUUCUUUAAUGUAAAAUAUAACAAAAUUAUGGUUGUUUAGCAAACAUUCUAAGCAUUUCUAGAGAGAAAUAGUAUUUAUUGAAUAUUAAAUUUAUAAAUACAUUCAAAAGGGCUUAAAAAUAGUAAUUUAUUCUAAAAGUUAAUUUAUCACUGUACAUUAUUAAAAUUUUUAUGAUUUCUUGAAAUAUAAAAUUUUAAAAUAUAUUUUUUAUUUAAUUUUUUUUUUUUUUUUUAUUUAGAAUGAGAAGAAUUCAGUCGAAAUUUGAAUGCCAUACAUUAAUUAAAUGUAUUAAAUAAUAGAUUAAGAUAAAUUAUAAUAUUAGAAUUCUAAAUUUAUAUACGGUAUUUAAAACUGUUGGAUUUAAAGAAAUUUGUUUUGCUUUGUCUGGAAAAGAAAGUUUUAACGAAUCUUGUCUGUAUGUACAUACUUUUUUCUUGUAUUUUCUAAAAUUCAAUAUUGACUAAUUAAGGGGAUACGAAAUUCAGAACCAAAUACUAUUUAAAUCUUAGGGAAAAAAUAUUAAAUUUUCUUAAGUUUAAUUUUUUAUGAAUGAAAGAAAAUUCAUGUACAUAUUUAUAUUAAAUUACUGUCCCCCCCAAAAAAAAACUAAUCUGUAAGUGUCUAAUAUUUAGUCAUUAAAUAACAUAUUUAUCACUUAUCAUAUUUAUAUGAGUACUAGCUUUAUGUCUGAAAAUUCCAUUUAAAAAAAUUCUGAAGCUUGAGAUAAGAUUCUAGCGUAAUGAUUAAAUGUUGUAAAUUAUGAUUCUGAGAAUAAUACUCUCCAUAUUUAUGAUUUAUUUACCGUCUUCACAAUAAACUAAUAUUCCGAAAGGAUGAUUGUAUUUUCGAUAGCUGUUUACCGAGAAAAAUUUUUCUUAAAUGAAGAUUUGUUUAUCUGGAGAAAAAUAAAGCUGUUUUUUAAAGCAAGUGGUUAGUCGCCCCCUUCCCCAAACUAAGCAUGAUUGUAAUCUUUUGCACUUGAAGUAUUUCUUCCUGGAGGAGACAAAGCUUGGUGUUUUUUCACAAACUAAGCCUGUUUGACAGUUAACAGUGUAUUGCAGUGAAUGCUCAAAAUAUUGUGAUUUUUAGUUGCAUUUAAAUUUUAAUGAUACACAUGUUCGAUUGACUGAUCAGUGUUCAUGCCUUACUCUUGUGAGGAAUUAUGACUUUCCUCUUGUGCUUACUUUUAUUGUGUAGUAAUUAGCAUGUUUCACUAGCAGUUGAAGAUUUAUAGUUCGAUUCCUGGCAAUGCUAUAAUUGCUUUUUCAUGUCUCCUGCUCUGAAAGCAUAAUAAUAGUUUUGUACACCUUGAUUUCUAAAAAUUAUCAUUCACCACAUGAGAAAUAAUUGAGAAUAAGUUGUUUCAAAGUUAACGCUAAUGAUGUGUAUGUUUUAAUUUGUGUGGUUACAAAUGUGAAAAUUAUUUGUGAAUUUAUUGUUUUGAACAAUCAAAUUACGAUUCUGUUGAUAGUAAUAUAAUUUCUUACCGCUAAAGGAUGAUAAAAAUGUCUGCAAUACAAUGAUUUCAGCAAGCAAUUAGGAAACUAUAAGAAUAAAAUAUGCUAGACAAUGAGAGAUGAAGAAAAUAUCUAGCAUUCAAUUACAGACGCCAUAUUUUUCAAAGAAAAUAAAUAAAAGCCUUCCUAAAUAGUGUUUACAAAUCAGUUGAAGUUAAAAGGCAGAGGACUUAAUAAUAAAGUACAGAUAAGUUAUAAUCAAUUUUCAUUUGAAUAAUGCCCCAUUAAAUCUUGAGAAAAACAAAUUUAUGCAGCUUGAUAGUUAAUAUAUGUAUUAACUUGAUAACAUAGUUAAUAUAAUAGCUAAUGAUAGAAGUUAAUAGUUAAUUUUAAGUGAAAUAUUCAUGUUUAAAUUAUUUUUCUCCUUUGAUACCUAAAAGCUGUUUUACUGAAACAAAUUUCAUAUCUCUACGCAGAAGAGAAAUAUGCUAAUGCAAAGUUGGGAAGGGGGUGGUAAUUUUAUAUAAAACUGCAUCAAAUUAGAAGAUUGACGAAGAUCUUUCUUCUUCAGCACCAAAAAAUUUUUCGGUGGGGACAAGUGAACAGCCAAAAUAAUUCGCAGAUAAGAGCAAAGAUGCACAAACAUUCAGUCAUCUGUCAAAGAGGGCAGUAGAAUUUUGAAAUGUAAUAAGGUGAUAAUAGUUAAUAUAUUAACUUGUUGAUACAAUGUAAUGUAUUGACUUGUUAUAUAUAUCAACAAUGCCUUGAUAAUGCUGGACCGAGCUCCAACAAAACUGCUAUUAGUAAAAUAUUUUUACUUAAUUGUGUUUAAUUAUUAUAAUGGACUUCUUAAUAUGAAGUCCACUGUAGCAACUAGCACUAUUAUAUAGGCUAAUUAAAAUAAAAUAACUAAUUUAAUUAAUAGGCUAAUUAAAAUAAAAUAAUUAAAUUAGUUAUUUUAUUUUAAUUAGCCUGUAUUAAAAUAAAAUAUAUUUUAUUUUUUAUUAGCUAAUUAGCUAAUGAUAAAAUUUAUAUUUUAUUAGCUAAUUAAAUUAAAAUAAAAUUGUAAAAGCAUUACAUUAUAAUUUUAUCAAGUGAAUCAUCUGGUAUGUAGGUGUAAAAAUGUCCAAGUUACUGUAAAAUUUACCUAAGUGUUAAAAUCUGAAUGGAGCAGUUGCUUAAAAGAAAACAGACCCUAGAAUUCUAAUCUGUUUAGAAUAAAAGGAAAGAUUAUCUCCGAGUUUCAAAUAGGAAAACUAAUGCAUUUAGUGUUAGAUAGUCUUGAGAAUAAUAAAAAUAAAAUUUAUAAAAAUAUAAAUAAAUAAAAAUAAGUAAUUUCACAUGAAUUAAAAUUUAAAAUAAGUAAUAAAGAUCUUUAUUUAAUGAGGCAUUUUACAGGUUUUUAAGCUAAUAUAUAUUUAUGUUCAAGUUUGCUAUCUUUUUUUUUUUUUUUUUUUUUUUUUUUUUUUUUUUUUGAACUAAGUCUGUAAAAAUUGACAAAGUAUCAUUUCUGUCAUGUAAAUUCAAUUUUCAAACAUCAUUUCUUUCUUUUGUGAUCAAACUUUUCAUGAAAAACAGAAAUGUAAGUUCAUCUUCUAUGGAUAUUUGUAUUAUUUUUUGCAACAUAUUCCAAAUAAUAAAGUAAUAUAAUAAUAAUAAAACUUGUCUUUUUCAUCAAUUAUUCAAUUUAUUAUUGUUUAUACUUUCUCAAUUUUUUAAUUAAAAAAUUUAGGUUUUUAAAUAUUUUAUUGAAUUCAAUAAAUGUUCAUUUAAAAUUUGUCAAAUACUGCUGUAAAAAUAAGAGAAUUUUGGUGACCCAUUCUUUUUAAUGUCUUCCUCUCUAAAUAAUAUUUCCUAUUUCAAAUCUGUAUCGAAACAUUAGAAUAUUAUUUUCUUAAAUACACAAGAAAAUCUUAGAAAAGUGCAUUUUAUUAAUAGCAUUUUAAAUAUAAAUAUAUCAAAACUAUACAUUUAACAUGAGUGUAUUAUACUGUCCAGUUCUGUUAUUAAGAAGAUUGAAAGUUUAGCCAUAUUCUGUUACAUUGAACAUUCGUGUAUAUUACACUGAUUAUUUUGUGUAUAUUACAUUGAUGAUGCACAGAUAUUAUAGUUAUCCAUCUUUGUGUAAAUGUUGCUGUGUAAGAUGUGUAAAAUGCACUGCAUUUGUGAAUUAUAAUGCUAUUAAUUGCGAUGUGAUUUUAAAAAAUAGCUUAGGUGUUUUCUGCAAAGUAAUUUUAAAUUUUCUCUGAAAGAUAAUUUUUGUCAUAAAGUUAUGUAGCUAGAAUAAUGUAUGAAUAACAAAAAAUUACUGCAUUUAGGGAAGCAGUUUUGCUUCAUUAUUUCUACACAUGUUAUGUAAUUUGCAGUUUGGUAAUAAAUUCUUUUGUUUUUA